GGUUUGCCUGGAAUUCCCGGAAGCCCUGGAAGCGAUGGGAAACCUGGCCCUCCAGGUAGUCAGGGUGAAUCUGGCCGCUCUGGGCCACCUGGCCCCGCAGGCCCCCGUGGUCAGCCAGGUGUAAUGGGUUUCCCUGGUCCUAAGGGCAAUGAGGGUGCACCGGGUAAGAAUGGAGAACGAGGCCCUGGUGGACCACCUGGAACACCUGGGCCUGCUGGGAAGAAUGGUGAUGUUGGCCUCCCAGGUCCUCCUGGACCUACUGGUGCUUCUGGGGAAAGAGGAGAACCAGGACCAUCAGGUCCACCCGGCCUCCAGGGCUUGCCUGGUGGACCAGGACCAGCUGGAGAGAAUGGAAAGCCUGGAGAACCAGGGCCAAAAGGCGAUAUUGGAGGACCCGGAUUCCCAGGCCCUAAGGGUGAAAAUGGUAUCCCAGGUGAACGUGGUGCACAGGGUCCUCCAGGACCUGCUGGAGCAAGAGGUGGACCAGGUCCUGCUGGCUCAGAAGGUGCCAAGGGUCCUCCUGGACCCCCUGGUGCCCCUGGAGGCACAGGGCUGCCUGGUUUACAGGGAAUGCCAGGAGAAAGAGGAGCUUCUGGAAGUCCUGGACCAAAAGGAGAUAAGGGAGAACCCGGUGGCAAAGGUGCUGAUGGCCUUCCUGGUGCAAGAGGAGAGCGAGGUAACGUAGGUCCCAUCGGUCCUCCUGGUCCUGCUGGCCCGCCUGGAGAUAAGGGAGAGACUGGUCCAGCAGGUGCCCCAGGUCCAAUGGGUUCCCGUGGUGGUCCUGGUGAACGAGGAGAACAAGGUCUUCCUGGACCUGCUGGCUUCCCUGGAGCUCCAGGCCAAAAUGGGGAACCUGGUGGGAAAGGAGAAAGAGGCCCACCUGGUCUAAGAGGAGAGGCUGGACCCCCUGGAGCUGCAGGUCCACAAGGUGGUCCUGGUGCACCAGGUCCACCUGGUCCCCAAGGAACAAAAGGAGAACGUGGAUCUCCUGGAGGCCCUGGUGCUGCUGGUUUCCCUGGUGCUCGUGGUCUACCUGGUCCCCCUGGUAACACCGGUAGUCCAGGUCCCCCUGGUAAUGCAGGGCCUGCAGGCAAGGAUGGGCCUGCCGGACCCCCUGGUAGUGCUGGUUCUCCUGGCAGUCCAGGACCUGCUGGAACAAGAGGUGAGCCUGGAUCACCAGGCGAAAAAGGGCCACCAGGCGCACGAGGAGAAAGGGGGCUACCAGGAGAUCCAGGUCCUCAAGGCAUUGUUGGUGGCCGGGGUAACACAGGUUUGCCAGGUCUGCGUGGCCCGAGCGGUCCACCCGGUAUGGCAGGCGCCAAGGGUGAAGAUGGUAAACCAGGCAGCAACGGUGUCCCAGGAGAACGUGGUGCUCCUGGUCCACAAGGCCCUAUGGGACAAAGAGGCUUGCCUGGAGAACCUGGCAGAGAUGGUAACCCUGGCUCAGAUGGCUCACCUGGACGUGAUGGAUCCCCAGGAGGCAAAGGUGACCGUGGUGAAAGUGGCUCUCCUGGCCCUCCGGGACCUCCUGGUCACCCUGGACCUGCAGGUAACAACGGUGCACCUGGAAAAGCUGGCGAAAGAGGAUUUCAGGGUCCACCUGGCCCUCCUGGCUCUGCGGGUCCUGCUGGUGCUCGUGGUCCUGCUGGUCCUCAAGGUCCUCGUGGUGAUAAAGGUGAAACUGGUGAAAGAGGCAGCAACGGCAUAAAGGGUCAUAGAGGAUUUCCUGGUACCCCUGGUCUCCCUGGUCCUCCUGGUCCCCUGGGUCCACAAGGCGCAAUUGGAAGUCCAGGAGCUUCAGGUGCAAGGGGUCCCCCAGGCCCAGCUGGGCCGCCUGGAAAAGAUGGUACAAGUGGCUAUCCAGGUCCAAUUGGUCCUCCUGGCCCUCGCGGUAACAGAGGUGAAAGCGGCCCUGCAGGUCCACCAGGACAGCCUGGUCUUCCUGGUCCUUCUGGUCCCCCUGGUCCAUGUUGUGGUGGUGCAGCUGCCCUGGGUGCUGGUGAAAAAGGUCCAGUGGGCUACGGGUAUGAAUACCGAGAUGAGCCAAAAGAAAAUGAUAUCAAUCUAGGUGACAUCAUAUCUUCAAUGAAAUCAAUUAACAACCAGAUUGAAAACAUCAUUAGUCCUGAUGGGUCACGGAAGAAUCCAGCUCGUAACUGCAGAGAUCUAAAAUUCUGCCAUCCUGAGCUCAAGAGUGGAGAGUACUGGAUUGAUCCUAACCAAGGCUGCAAGAUGGAUGCGAUUAAAGUAUACUGUAAUAUGGAAACUGGCGAGACAUGCCUUAAUGCUAACCCCAGCACCGUGCCAAGGAAAAACUGGUGGGCCAGUGAAAGCAGUGGAAAGAAACAUGUUUGGUUUGGAGAAUCUAUGAAUGGUGGUUUCCAGUUCAGCUACGGAGAUUCUGAGCUUCCAGAGGAUGUCUCGGAAGUUCAGCUGGCCUUCCUCCGCAUCCUCUCCAGCCGUGCCUCCCAGAACAUCACCUACCACUGCAAGAACAGCAUUGGCUACAUGGAUCAAGCCAGUGGAAAUGUUAAAAAAGCUCUGAAACUGAUGAGCUCUGUGGAAAGUGAGAUCAAGGCUGAAGGGAACAGCAAAUUCACAUAUGCUGUUCUGGAAGAUGGCUGUACUACACACACUGGUGAAUGGGGUAAAACAGUCUUUGAAUACAGAACGCGCAAGACAAUGAGGUUGCCUGUGGUUGAUAUCGCACCUUUAGAUAUUGGUGGUCCUGAUCAGGAAUUUGGCGUGGACAUUGGCCCGGUCUGCUUCUUAUAAAUCAAAGAUCCUGCUCUUUCUGAAAUCCCAGCAAACAGAUUCACACUCCAACUGUGCUCCUUUGUUUUGGCCUUGUCAGCUAGUACAGGUGACCAUCUGUAUCCCAGUUAUUUAUUAACCAAAUUUCUGGGGGAAAAAAAUAAAUUUGAGAUCAAGGGUUAUUUUUUUCGCUAUACACACAGUAAAAAUGCUUGUUUGCUCUAUAUUUUUUUUUUUUUUUACCAAAUUCCAUCUUCAAAACAUGUCUCCGUGGUGCUAUAAUAAAACUUCAACACUUAAUAAAACAACACUGUGUUCUAUUAGUUGAAUGUUAGCCAAUUUACAAAGCACUGAUUGCUCCCAGUACCAAAGUUUACCCUUCUUCCUAAGAUGCAGUCCAUAAAGCUAGAAAGACCUCCCUGUUUCAACUACCUCAACACGGACAGAAACUGGGAUGUGUCUAUCAGAGUCAAACCAAAAAAUCAAUCAAAUCAAAUCAAAACACAUUGGCCUCAUUGGGUCAAUUCAGUGGAAUAAUUUGUUACAAAAUUGUGUAUUUCUGUACUGAUUAGCUACGGAAAAGUACAGUGUAUUUUAAGAGUUUAAUACCUUAAUGUCAGUAGUCACCAUAAUUCUAUUGUUGGAUUGUAUUCUGUUAUCAAAGGUGCUUCUCUACUUUCCUGUCAUUGCUGGUCAAGACCACUAAAAUUAGGGAAGUGUAAAAGACACAUAUGAUGGUGCUAAUGUAUUUUUCACUCCUAACUCUGCAAGUCAGGGUUAUUGACUUGCUUAAAAAAGUAAAGGAUUUACAGCAAUUGUAAAUGUCUCCUGUCAAACAUUGUCAUUGGCAUGUCAUAGUUGAGAACUUUCUCCCUUCAUUCUGUAAAAGUCAAUAAAGAUGCAAAAUUGUGAACUACUUCUGUUGCGUUAACACAUUUAUAGUGUUGAAGGUUAACCAUCUUUGUAAGCUUUUAUAUGGUUGUUGGUCUAUUCCUUACAGAGACACAUAAUAAAAUAUCGUAAUAAAACUCCUUGUUGUUUCAUAAAA